GCCAGUGUGUCUGAUCCGCGUGUCUCGUCUGAAACGCUCUAACGACUGAGCCGAUUCUCUCGCGGUUGAUUGUAGCCCAAAUUCAACAAGGAUGAACUCCACAGGCGGCCUGAAUUCGAGGACACGAAAGGCCCGGCAGGCGUCAGCACGAACACGAAUGCGACCGCGUCCAGCAAACCAGGGCCAUCGACCAACAAGCCAGCCCCGCCUGUAGUGAAGACCGAAGCGACGUCUCGUAUGGAAGCCAUUCUCAGUGCAUGUAACGCGUCAGCACAGCCCGCCCCAGGUGUAGCUCCUGCUCUACCUCCACAUAUGCGCUCAGCGUCUGGUCAGGCGGGUCCGGUCGCGACAUCCACGCCCAAUAUGAAGGGGAAAUCCUCUGCUGGUCCGGAUGCUGGUGAGGCGAGCUUGAUACACCAUCUGACGUCGCCACGUCCCGGGUCGGUCCGAGCGGUCAAAACCAGAAACCACAAUAUCGUCCGCAGGAGACGUCAGCAGCGCAUACCACAGGAGCUGCACAGGCUCGAAACCAGCAAUCGGACCAGAGAGAUCAAGGACCACCACAAGGAGGGCAGCGGGUCUCUUUUGCGCCACCGCCCAUCGCAAACACGUCCUCGACGGUGGCUGUUCCUCCACCAGCUCCAGCUGGCGAUGGUGAUGACGCCGACAUCCCAGAUGACACGUCCGAGUUCCAUUUCAACUCGGAUGACGACGCCUUCCUGGCUGAAGUGGACCUCGGUGAGGAAGGGAUAGGUGGACCGAUCAACUUUGACGAGGGAGUUGGUGGCCUUGAGGUGGGCGAGGACUCGAGGGACGUUGAGCACAAUUCACGACGGACGGAACACUUUCCUCCUCAGGAGCGGGCACACCCGCCUCAGCCACAGCGCUCUUCGGAACCUCCAGCGGCGAAGCCUCUACAGCCGUACCACGCUGUGUCCGGUUCGAGUUCCACGACUCAUAGAUACC